AUGAGCGAAACAACAACAUCUAACAUUACAGAAGAAGUCAAUGACAAUGCCGAUGAAAACAUUACAGAAGGAGCUAGUGAAAAUAUUGACGAGUUCAGUGAGGAAGAAGAUAUUGAGGACGUCAAUGAGAACGUUAGUGGGGAACAAACUCAAUGGGAAACAUUGAGAAAUCAUGAAGAUUAUGAGAUUUGUACGACAUAUCCUUUUACUAUUCGUCGAAAGAAAGACAAACAUAUUAUGAGUGAAUGCUUAAAUAAUUAUGGUUAUAUUGUGCUUAGUUUAAACAACAAAAUGUACUUAAAGCAUAGAAUUAUUGCAGAACAGUGGAUUGAAAAUCCAGACAAUUUGAAAGAAAUAGACCAUAUAAAUCAUGAUAGAAAUAAAAGCAAGUAUGGCGAUAUAGUUUAUGAGUUCGUUGAUGAAAUAUCUGACGAAGCUGUUGAAAUAACAGAUUAUGGUAAGCAUUCGUUUGAGUUCUACUACUAUGUUGAGAAUGAGGACGCAUUCUAUUAUUAUACAUGUCUUAACUAUCGAAAACUUCAUAUAAACUUUACAAAAACAGGUGAUGCUUAUGUUUGUAUGAUAGAUACAGAAAACAAGAGAGUAAUCUUAUGCAUAAACAAAUUCAAACGCUUGUACGGCUUCAUGUAG